UCCAGGCUCGGCCCACAGGGGGCGUGGUUCAGCGCUGUGACGGGGUUCGGAGCUCCGUCUGCGGGCUCGCCUGUCAGCGGCUCCGGCUGCCUCCGCCUCGGUGCUCCCCUCAGCAUGGAUGUGGGCUCGGUGCUCCGCGGCCUCCUGCUGCUCCUCUCCGCCUCCUGGCUGCACGCGGCGUCCCGCAGAGGACCGAGGGUCACGGAGAAGGUCUUCUUUGACGUGACGGUUGGGGGUCAUGAGGUGGGACGCAUCGUCAUUGGCCUGUUUGGAGAGGUCGUCCCUCAGACUGUCAAUAACUUUGUCGUCCUUGCAACUGGAGAGAAAGGUUAUGGCUACAAAGGAACCAAGUUCCACAGAGUUAUCAAGGACUUUAUGAUCCAGGGGGGAGACUUCACAGCUGGAGAUGGAACUGGAGGUCACAGCAUCUACGGAACGACGUUUGCAGAUGAAAACUUCAAACUGAAGCAUUUAGGAGCCAGCUGGGUGAGCAUGGCCAACGCCGGCCCGGACACCAACGGCUCUCAGUUCUUUAUCCUGGCUGCCAGGGCGCCGUGGCUGGACGGGAAGCACGUGGUCUUUGGCAAAGUUCUGGACGGAAUGUCUGUGGUUCACACCAUCGAGCUGCAGGACACCAACGACAGAAACCUGCCGUACACCGAGUGCGUGAUCAUCAACAGCGGCAGGAUCCCCGUCAAGGAGCCCUUCGUCGUGGAGGUGGACGGCUGGUAGCGCCACAGCGAGCUUCCAGUCGGUUAAAACAAGCGGAAUCCCACAUACUGCUGAUAAAUUCCACCUUAAAUGGUGUCAAACGCUAACCUCCUCCGGGAGGCUUUGAAACCACUAACUGACAUGAAAACGUAAAUGCUAAUUCUGAGCAUGCUAAUGUUGACCAGCCUAAAACUCCACUGUAAGAUUUUGUAUUUUUCAAAGAAUUUAUUAAGUGGUAAAGGAAAAUGCAUGAUGGGACUUUACAUCUGUAGGUUGGGGGUCAUUUUAACAUUCUUCUAUGCCAACAGGAAAGCUUCAGGCUUCCUGAAACUUUCUUUUAAAAAACAUUUUCACUGAAGCUUUGAACCUUUGAACCACUGUCUAAUCAGACUUGUUUUCAGACUUUUGCACCGAGUGCCGCUGUUCACACUCCACACGCCUCUUCCUGACUCAGGCACAAAGCAGUCUGAUGAUACUGUGAGGAAACAAAUCUGUUUUAUCAGCUGAAACGUGAGGACGCAGCUGCCAUCUUUAAGGCCACUACUGAUCCGAUCUGAGCAUGCUCAGUAAGCUGUUCCAGGUCUUGUCUCCCCUAGGUUUUAGCAUGAAAGUAGUAGUUAGAACCUUAACUUAUUGAUGGAAAAUAUGUAUCAAUGACAUUGGAAACUUGACAGUCAAGAUGCCAAAUUUAGUUACUUUGCCAAACAACAAAACAGACUGAAUGCAUCUGAACCACACAUAUCAGUUUCAAAGGCUGCUAACAUUUUUAUGCAAAAAAAACUGAGUGCUAAAAAAAUGAUGCAACAUAUCGUCUUUGCAAAAAAUAAGACAGCACAAAUUGCACAAAAGUAUAAAAAAGUUUAAUUCCUGUUGGAGUUUGAGUAAAUGUUCUCCUUGUUUAGCUGUUACUCCUGUUUUUGUUCAAUAACAGAGGGGUUUUGUAGCAGCAAAACACGGAUUCCUCUGGUUUCUCUCAUGUUUCUGUUGCAUGUGAAAACUCAAACAUAUGGUAAUUUUUGUGUCACGGUUUUUGUCCAUGAACAAAUGUGCCAACAUAUGUCAAACUGCAGUAAACGUGCUGCUGACAGUCUCAGCUGAUGUCCGGUUUUUCCUGGUUCAGUCCUGUUUGAUUUCACCAGAAUCAUGAAAAUAAAUUCAAACAUAAACA